GCAUACAAAGAUGAAAAAUCUAAAGCAUCCAGAAACGAAAUCUACUUCUCAUUUUGCAUACCAUCAUCUUGCUCUCAUGAAGAUCUGAAACAGCAGCUGAUAUCUCUUGCAGAAAUUAUCAACCACGAUUUUAACGAAACAAUUUUAACAAUUGACGUUGACAAAAAAGACUGCCAAAUCCGUGAGGAGUAUAAAGUAUCCACUGGAGAUGCCGUAUUUAUAUUUAUUGCGUCAUUGUGCAUUGUAAUAGUAAUAGGAUGCUCAAUAUAUGACAUGAUUACUAGAGAUGACGACAGAUGCAUGCCAAAAGUAACAGGAAAAUGGCACGAUCUAUUUUUAUGUUUUUCCUUUCCUAAAAACCUGAAGAAACUAGCUACCAAGACUACCAAUGAGGACGGAUUGGAAUGCUUAGCUGGCGUGCGUGUGCUGUCGAUGUUUCUGAUCAUUUUUGGACAUAGAUGCAUGUUUACUUUUGGAUCCCCUCUUAUCAAUCCCAUCUUUAUAGAACAGAUGUACUCGAAAUUUGAAGCAGGAGUAGUUUUAAAUGGACCGAUGAUAGUGGACACAUUUUUCCUGGUCUCAGGAUUUCUUGCCAGCUACAUUAUUCUCUUAACUUUGAGGCAUUCCAGUAAUGCUCUAAAAGUAGGAUUGAUUUACGUACAUCGAUUGAUAAGGAUGACACCAGCGUAUGCAAUCAUUUUGUUAUUCUACUGUACCGUAUAUAUGAGCCUGGGUAGUGGACCAUUUUGGCAAGAGAGAAUUGGAGUCGAAAGAAAUCGUUGUGUGGAGACCUGGUGGGCUAACUUAGCAUAUGUAAAUAAUUAUGUCAACACAGAAAAUUUAUGUAUGUUCCAGUCUUGGUACAUUACUUGUGACAUGCAUUACUUCUUGACAGUACCAUUUUUGGUACUCUUAUUGAAGUGGAACGCGCUGUAUGGGGUCGUCCUUAUUGUGACUAUAAUAGCGUGCUCGAUACUGGUUGUAGGGACCUCCGUAUACCUUAAUAAUGAAACGCCUAUAUUAUUGGUCUAUACAAAGUUAUUAAAAGAUCCAGUUAGUAAUGCGACGUUUAGGAACAUUUAUAUCCCGUCCCACAUGCGAGCCAGUCCGUAUUUCCUGGGAGUCCUGACAGGCUUCAUCAAGUACAAACUGAAACAUUCGACGUUCAAACUACCGCAGUGGCUAACUCGUACAGGAUGGUUUUUGGCCAUUGUUGUCACUCUAGGUACUCUUCAUGUGGGUUAUAUCUUUUAUAUGCCAGAAUUUAAGGAGAUGACAAUUUUAUCGGCUGUGUAUGCUGGAUUUCAUCAUUUUACUUUUGCUCUUGGUAUAGCGUGGUUAAUAAUUGCUGUGUCAUCGGGAAAAGGGCCAUGGAUUGAUCCAAUACUUAGCUGGAAACCUUUUGUUCUUCUCAGUCGUUUAAGUUACUCGGCUUUCUUAUGUCAUGGCGCCGUACAGCUGUAUACAGCGGCGACUUUGAGAGAACCCAAUUACGCAUCUGUAUUUGGCACUAUCUACGCAACAUUUGGAGAUAUCGUUAUGGCAUACACUUUUGGCCUCAUGCUCAGUAUGUUCUUUGAAUCACCAAUAAUCGGCAUCGAAAAACUCAUUUUCAGUAAAAACAAAGAUCCACCGCCAUUACAGCAAGACGGCAGAGUAACUCCUGUUAUCAAACUCUCACCUAUAGCAGCACGUCACACUAUUAAUAACAUCAAGGAAGGAAAACCAGCACUUGAAGGUCAGGGAUCUAACAAUAUCAUGGACACAUCUGAUAAACAUGUUAGUGUGGAUGAUACAGGAGAUCACUCAGUUGAUGAUGAGGAUAAAACAGUUAUUGUGCAUAUACAAGAGUCUUAA